AUGACGUCACCUUUUAAAGGAACUGGUGGGAGCCAUGGCGGAGGAGCGGGAGAGGAGGCCAGUGCUGGAGAUGUAUGUCAAGCACCGUUCCUGAUACAAGCUAAUCAGGUCCAGGCAGCCGGAACAGAUGGAAACUGUGUCACGUUUGUAUUGCACGAUGAAGACCACACGCUGGGAAACUCUCUCCGUUACAUGGUCAUGAAGAACCCCGAAGUGGAGUUCUGCGGCUACAGUAUCACCCACCCGUCAGAAAGCAAAAUCAAUUUCCGUAUCCAGACCAGAGGGGGGCUUCCGGCAGUUGAGCCGUUCCGACAAGGUCUGAACGAACUCACCGAUGUCUGCCAGCACGUGCUUAACAAAUUUGAGGCAAGCGUUAAAGAAUAUAAGAAUCAGAUGGAAGUAGAAAUGGAUUAGCCACCUCGGUUGCAUUGGCAGAGAGACUUUUGUGUACGUACAUAUUUGUUUGAUGCUAGUACCUUAUUUCUAUUUUUUUACAUUCUAUAAUAAAGCCUAUAUAACCCAAUGAAUUUUCAGGAUUUGGAAAAGCCUAUGGUACUGAUGGCUAGCGGGAAAUCCCUCUUCCCAAGUUGGGUCUUUAAAGAGCGUUUCAGAACUUUGUUUUUGAAAAGCUUCAAAGCCUAUCGCUCAGAUAAAUCCAAUGAAAUAAAUAAAUAUGAUUGAUGCAGGGAAUAGAGUGAUAUGUAGCCACGGUGGAACGUGGAAUAUAAGAAUGUAAGAACUGGCAUAAUUCAUCCAGACUGGCUUGUAAAUAUUUGUUUGAUGCUAGUACCUUAUUUCUAUUUUUUUACAUUCUAUAAUAAAGCCUAUAUAGCCCAAUGAAUAUUCAGGAUUUGGAAAAGCCUAUGGUACUGAUGGCUAGCGGGAAAUCCUUCUUCCCAAGUUGGGUAUUUAUAGAGCGUUUCAGAACUUUGUUUUUGAAAAGCUUCAAAGCCUAUCGCUCAGAUAAAUCCAGUGAAAUAAAUAAAUAUGAUUGAUGCAGGGAAUAGAGUGAUAUGUAGCCACGGUGGAACGUGGAAUAUAAGAAUGUAAGAACUGGCAUAACUCGUCCAGACUGGCUUCAUCGGUCCAGGAUUCUUACUUGGCAACAGGAUGCUUAGAAGAACUGGGUGAUAGGUACCCUGCUUGACAACCAUCUAAAUGAAGAAUGAUCUGAUCUUGCCCCUCCAUUAACCCAUUAUGGACCACUUAGGCAUUUAUUUAUCUAGAUCCUCUUCAGCUGCAUUAACAUUUUUGGCUCACACAAUUUCCAGGUUUAGGGAGAAGAUCAUGCAGAAUAUUUCAUGAACGAAAAAGCCCUUCCGAAUGGAAGGGGUUUGUAAGAAAGGCUUUAAAGUUUUAAAAGAAAGGGGUCAGUAAAUCCAGAGAAGUAUGCGGAUAAACCUCAGUUCCCUCAUCUGUAAAAUGAGGAUUAAGACUGUGAGACCCACGUGGGGCAACCUGAUUACCUUGUAUC